AUGACUGUUUUGCAGAUUAUCAAAGACCUACAGUUGCUGGGGUUGGUGGCAGCCCUGGUGGUGGCUGAUGUAAUCCUGCUCGUGACAUGGGUGCUGACUGAUCCCAUCCAGUGCCUUCAGAUCCUUGGUGUCAGCAUGAAGGUGACAGGGAGAGAUGUAUCCUGCUCUUUGACCAACACACACUUCUGUGCUUCACGAUACUCCGAUGUCUGGAUUGCCCUGGUUUUGGGAUGCAAGGGGCUGCUGCUGCUGUAUGGUGCUUACCUGGCUGGCCUGACCAAUCAUGUCAGCUCUGCUCCAGUGAACCAGUCCUCAACCAUCAUGGUCGGGGUCAACCUCCUGCUCCUCACUGCUGGGCUGCUUUUUGUGGUCACCAGAUACUUGCACUCCUGGCCCAACCUGGUCUUUGGACUCACAUCUGGAGGUAUCUUCGUUUGCACAACCACUGUGAACUGCUGUGUCUUCCUUCCCCAGCAGCGGCGGCGUUUGAAAUCCUUCAGCUGCGAUCAGCAGAUUGACUUCUGA